AUGUCGUCAACUUUGCCCCUGCCUGCGACCGCGGAUCGCGGAUACAUCACUGAACCGGGCCCGUUGGAAAACACGUAUACAUCGGACGCCAGUCUUCAACGCGCGUUGUCAUGGUAUCUGCCGGCUUCAAUUUUGCACUCUGCCGAGCCAGACCUGACCCAUCUCGGCGCCGAAGCGGUGUCUGAACGGGUUCGGGAGUGGAGCGCCGACGCGGAGCGCAAUCAGCCGUAUGUCAAGAGCCACAAUGUUUGGGGUAAGCGCUAUGACUAUGAUCGCUUAGUGACGAGCGAGGGCUGGAAGCAGCUCGGCAAAUGGGGUGCUCAGCGCAGAAUUGUGUCCACUGGAUAUGAUUCGACCCUGGGUCCUGAUAGACGAACUGUUCAAUAUGCACUGAACUAUCUCUACUCGCCUUCUUCGGGCCUAUAUUCAUGCCCAAUCAGUAUGACUGAUGGAGCUGCGUUCAUCCUCGCUCCCAAACUCAAGGCACUGCCACCAGCGCAUCCUUUCCAUGAAGCGUUCAAGCGCUUAGUUUCCGACAAGGACGACCACUGGACCUCAGGUCAAUGGAUGACCGAGAGGGCCGGAGGCAGCGAUGUGCAGAAUACCGAAACAUGGGCCACUUAUGCACCGGUUAAGUCUGAAAGUGCUACACCAUUAGCGGACGGAGACUACUUGAUCAAUGGGUUCAAGUUCUUCUCCUCGGCCACAGAUGCCAAUGUGGCUCUCCUGCUAGCAAAGUCUCCUUCCGGUAAGCUGAGUACGUUUCUUGCACCACUACGGAAGACCAUCAUUGGAGAUGAUGGUAUCCCUCGAGAAGUCUCCAAUGGCGUGAGGAUUCAUCGCUUGAAGAACAAACUCGGUACCAAGGAACUGCCGACUGCCGAACUGGAGCUAAAGGAUAUGAGAGCACAUUUGGUAGGAGAAUUGGACCAGGGCGUUAUGACAAUUGCGCCUCUCCUCAAUAUCACUCGCGUCCAUACAUUCGUUGGAUCCCUCGGGGGUUGGCGACGCGCAAUCAGUAUUACCAAGAGCUUUGCAAAGGCGAGAACCACGGUUGGGGAACCAUUGUGGUUGAUUCCUAUGCACCUCCGGCUACUUGCAGACUUGGAAGUCAAGCACCGCGGCAGCAUGAACCUUGCUUUCUUCACUAUCGCUGUGAUGGGGUUGGUUGAGAACGAUGUGUCAUCUGAGCACGAACAUUUGCCACGGCGAGGCAAGGAAGCUCACGUUGUCUUCCGCGCUCUGACAGCCACUGCUAAGGCUGUGAUCAGCAAGAUGGCUGUUGCUGGAGUACAGGAAUGUCAGGAAUCGAUGGGUGGUGUUGGGUACAUGGACGAGGCAGACGAGCCCGAGUUCAACAUCUCUCGGAUUCUGCGCAACACUCUUGUCAACUCCAUAUGGGAGGGAACCACCAAUGUGCUGGCAAGUGAGCUGGUUCGGUUCUUCUUGAAGAAAGAUAACUUCGAGAUUUUCGCCGCGUGGCUCAGCCGUACUUUGGCAUUGAUUCAGACUUCAACCCUUCGUGAAGCUUUGACUUCUGCCUGGUCAGCUUUGCAAAAGCGCUUCUCGACCAAGGAACAGGCGCCUACUACUGUGCUUGCUGAUGCUCGCCGGUACAUGUUCACGCUUGCCUGGAUAUUGAUGGGUGGCCUAUUGGCUGUUGAUGCAGAGCGUGAUAGCGACCCCGUAACAACUGAAAUUGCUCACCGGUGGAUACUGAACGGUGAAGGAGGCGUUGGAGACACGGUUUUCCGUGAUAUCGUCACGGUGAGAGCCAAUGAGAGUGUCACUGCUGGUGAUGAGGAGCAUCUGCAAUGGGACUGCAAAAUUGCAUGGGGUGUUGAAUUGCCUGUCUAUCGAGCAUCUGGGCAUCGGUCCUUGCAAAAGGCAGGCUCGAAGCUCUAA